ACACCAUGUACACUGCCAAGUUCAUUGUUAAAACAGCCCAGACAUCAAACAGACGUGCAUUAUCGCUAGCUCCAUGACCUUUGACACUGAAGUUCAUUGUCAACAUACAGUAUUGCAGUACGUUGUACGUUUUACAUUGAUCCAGCAACUGUGGACACACCCUGCACAGUACAUAGUACAAACUUGCUACGUAGGUGUUUUUGUGACUGUAUUUGUUGCGACUGAAUCCUGCAUUCUACCAGGAAAUAAGAGACUGUUGUAAACUCAGUGAACAUCCUGACAGGAUUGCAGACGUAUCUUGGACAUCUUUUCCAACAGUACUUGGUGCUUAGGAAGAGGUGAGCCAAGUGAAGCAGACGGUGAAGGAAGACAAGGUCAAGGCUUUCAUUGAGAAAGAUCAAAAUGGCAUAUUCUAAACCAUCACAAGGUUCAGCUCUAGAGAAAAUCAGAAAGGAUUAUCUGGAGUGCAGUAUUUGUCACGAGGAGUACACGGAACCCAAACUACUAGACUGUCUUCACAGCUUCUGUAAACACUGUUUACUUGAAUAUCACACUACCAACUACAAAGAUGCAAAGAUGCUUAUUUGUCCUUUGUGUCGAAAGGAGACACAACUUCCUGAGACGGGUGUUGAAGAUUUCAAGAGUAACUUCAUUUUAACUGGUCUUGCAGGUCAACUGGAGCAGGUCAGCUUAUCUGCAAACAGCAAGUUGGUCUGUAAAUUAUGCAAGGAGAAAAAUGAAGCAACGUAUUUCUGUUGUGACUGCCUCAUGAUCAUCUGUGCAAACUGCAAUGAAAUACACAAUCAAAUUCCAGCAUCGGCAAGCCAUAUAGUAGCGACUUUGAAAGAUAUUAGUGAUGGAAAGAUUGCAAUGAAAAAGACAAAACCAAAACGCCAUCCAGAAUGCCAAACUCAUGAAGGUGAAGUGAUGUGGUUUUAUUGCAAAACAUGUAGUAUGAUGAUUUGCCAAGCUUGUACUGUCAUAGAUCACUGUAAACCACAACAUGAGUAUAUUGACUGCAACCAAGCCUCAUCCACAUACAAACAGUCUUUGGCUCAACUCUUUACUCCCCUUGAAGAAACCAUGAAGAAGCUUGAUCAAUCUCAAGCAACUGCCUCAACAAUGAAAGACAACCUCAACAUUGCAGCUAAGAGAACCAUGGCAGAGGUGAAGAACAGAGCGGAUGAGAUCAGGGCUGAGGUAACAGCUCAAGAGAGUCGCAUCAUGGAUGAAAUAAAAACUAUCCUUAAAGAUCGGAACAAGAAAUUGGAGGAAUUUGAGCAAACAGUGCGUCUAAACUCACAGCAAAUAAAUCAUUCACUGCAAACUGCCAAAGACAUCAGCAAGAAUUCAUCAGUGCCUGACUUCCUUGCAAGCUAUCCAAGAAUCAGUAAGGACUUGAAAUUACUUGGAGAUCAAAAUCAACCUAAGAUAGAUUUGACCCUGGACGAUCUGGGAUUCACCCCAGGAGUUUGUGACAUCUCCCUGGGUAACCUGAGUAUGAAGGAGCCAAAGUGGGAGCUUAGUUUGGAGUAUGGUGAAGGAAUCAAUGGGGCUUAUGACAUUGAUGCCUCUGUACCUGGGGAUGAGAUGGCAGUGGCAGACAACUGGAAAAACAGAGUGGUAAUCUACGACAGUAAGGGACAACAGAAGAAAACUUUCCCACUAUCAAGCAGCCCUCAGGCUGUUGCUGCACUCAAGAAUCAGUUAGUGAUUGUAGGAUAUGGGACCAACUCUGUCAAGAUGUACAAUAGGAAUGGCAACCAGAUGUUUGAAUUCCACACAGUGCCUCAUAGUGAAGUGGGCAAGUCAUCAGUAGACCUCCACAGUGUAGCAAUCAUGAAGGAUACAUCAAUCAUUGUGGGGGAUAUAGAGAGGUCUGUUAUAACUAAACACAGAUCCAGUGAUGGUUCACUCCUUGACACUGUUUCAGUUCAGACUAGACCUUGCUACUUGGCCAUUGACAGCAAGGACAGAGUUGUAGUCAGUGGUGGGGGGAAACAAGUAGACAUUGUAGAAGUCACUGGUACUUUAUUAUUCAGCAUCAAUCCAAAGAUUGAUAGUCAACAUGUUGAAUACUGCAAAGGUGUAUGCUGUGACAGCUCAGCUAUCUACAUUGCAGUGCGCAAUAGGCGUUGCAACACUGGUCAUAUUCAUCAGUAUGACACUCAGGGUAGAUUUAUCAGCUGUAUUGCUCAGGGUCCGUACCACCCAUGUGGAAUCUCAUUGACAUCAGAUGGUCAGCAGCUUGCAGUGGCAGACAAGGAAUCAGUGAAGAUUUAUAACAAGGUGUAAUGUCAUCUAAUAAAGAUGAUACUGGUCAAAUACUGUCUCAUGGAUUAAACUGACCAUCACAAUAUGUCAAUCAAAUUAAAUCACAAAAUUAUGCAAACUGAUUUUUCACUAAAAAAAGUGCUAAUAACCACUCAAUUUCAAUUCUCAAUAUUAUGACAUUGAGUGGAUCGACUCUGUAAUACUUGGUUCCAAAUCAACUCUGUAAUUUUUUAUUUGUUUUGCAUUUUGCAGUAAAAUGUUGUUUUGAGAAAAAAUAUCUUGAGGACAGGCUUGUCUAUUUUAAAAGCAGUGAACACUAUCGUUAAUUACUCAAAAUAAUUAUUAGCAUAAAACCUUUCUUGACGACGAGUAAUGGGGAGAGGUUGAUGGUAUGAAAC